AUGAGGCGUGAACCAGAGGGUGUCAGCCGCAUGGUCAGCACAGAGCAGAGCAAGCAGCAGUCCAGGAGACCUGCCGUGGGUGCUGGCGGCUCUGGCCACGGCAUUCUCCGAGCUCUCGGGGCAAGUGGGGCUGUGGGUCUCUUCCAGGUCUUGCAAGUCAUCUCUCUCCUCCUGCCCUCCGUCUUCGUGCCCUCCCAAAUGCUUCUGGACAACUUCUCGGUGGCCGCCCCUGGCCACUGCUGCUGGGCCCACAUGCUGGACAAUGGCUCUGAGUCCCCCUCGGCCCUCACACCCGAAGUGCUCCGGGUCACCUCCACCCCACCGGGCCCCAACCACGGUCCCCACCAGUGUCACCGCUUCCGCCACCCUCAGUGGCAGCUCCUGGACCCCAACGCCACAGUCACCAACUGGAGCGAGGCAGCCACAGAGCCCUGCGUGGACGGCUGGGUCUACGACGGCAGCACCUUCACCUCCACCAUUGUGGCCGAGGUAGGGGCCUCCCCCCACCCGCACCGUAGCUUUCCUCCUUCCUGGCCUCCUGGUGACGGCCGUCCACCCGGGACUGGGAGGUCGUGCCGCCUGCAGCACUGCACACCUCCCACCACUGCCGCCACCAAGUACUUGUGCGCUCGCAGUGGCCAUCACACUGUCAGGACCAAAGCCUGUCACAUUUGUCACCUGCGUGCCAUGCCGCUGGCUGUGUGUAGGGAAUGGAGGCCAGCACACCCUUCCACCUCUGUCACCUGGCUAAGGACCUGGGGGCCCCACUGUGGGUGGCCGAACCCGCGGGACCCAGCCUGGACCUCCCUCGGCCCCGGCCCAGCUGGUCCACGUCCCCUGAGCCGGCUGUCGCCCCUCCUUCUCUUCCAGCGGGGCCUGGCGUGCGAGCGCCAGGGCCUGAAGCUCCGGAGGGGCACCCCCGGAGCCGUCUUUGCCCCCGGUUUCCUUGUCUAUUGUAGCCUCCGGUUUUUCCGCACUUUUGGAUUAGCCGGGCUCUUUCUGACCCCGACGACACUCAGUGAGUCACUCGCUCGGCCGGCCCCCUGCGCGGGGAGGUGGUGGUGGCCCAAGGCCGCCAUGCAUGGCUCUCACCUGCACGGGAACACGUCGCCGCUCCGUGGUGGCGAGGACCACGCCGAACGUGUAACAAGUGCCGAAGCUGACAACUACCAAACGACGAAGCAUUUUCUCUUGUGGGGCCGCAUUGUGACUCAUACAAGUUUUACAAGUGUGACGAGCCCCGAGCAAGCACCAAGGGCUGAAACAUCUUUUUCUCAUGAAAAUUCGGCGAGUGCAGAGUUCGAUGAGUUCUGGAGCCAACAGGUGCCGGGGUCCGGCCGUACCUGCUUGGGUGGGACUGGAGGAGGAGACCCGGGAGACAAACACGAAGGUCCCCGUGCGUGGGAGCUGAGCUCACCUGGGCCCAGGUGGCUGCCAAAAUCAACACGAAGGCUAAUUAGUGCUGGCAAACCAGACCGAGCCCCUCAGGAACUGAAAAAGGUGGCCAGGAUAAAUGGCGUCAAGGAUGCCAGGAAGACACUGACCAGAGAGGUGCUGAUGUCCACCGUGGAGGAGGCGGCCUCUGCGAGGGCCCGCCAGUUGCUGCUGGACCUGCUCCGCAUGCCCAUACUCUGGAGGAGAAGCUGCUAUCUGUCAACGGUGAGCUUCUCCCUCGCGAUCUCCUUCUUCAGGUUGGUCUACGACCUGCAGAGCCUGGGAGGUGACAGCUUCCUCCUCCAAGUCCUCUUCGGUGCCCUGGACUUCCUGGGCCGGGCCGCCAACAACUUCUUGCUCAAGUUCUUUGGCUGCCGCCUGAUCCUGACCAGCUCCCAGGCCAAAACUGGCCCCUCCAUCCUGGCCAGCAUGCUGGUCCCACAAAACUUUCAGAGCCUGUGGGUAGUCCUCGCGGUCCUGGGAAAGGGCCGUUUCGGUGUGUGCCUAACCCGCUACCCUGUCUACAAACUCUUCCCAACCUCGCUGCGUCUUGUCCUGCUCUUCCUUCCGGAGACUCGGGGACUUCCACUACCUGACCCUACCCAGGCCUGGAGAACCAGUGAGGGAUUCCCAGCCCCCUGGGAGUGGGCCUGGGCGCCCUCUGACCUGGCCGGGCGGGGCUCCGGUCAGGGAGCCGCCCUGGUGGGGAGGGCUGCACCUGGGCCGGGCUUGCCAUGGGGAUGACCGCAGCCGCCAGGGGCAGGAGGCUUGUGUUUCUGGAACCGUUUAAUCUCGACAACCCCCUGCCAGGGAGAGACCACAGCUCUCUGCCUUUUCAAAAACCUCAGGGAGAUGAAGCGACUGCCUCCACGUGUCAUAGGCGAUGGCACCUUGGGCGGGAGAAUACGAUGGUGCCUGGCCCAGCGGCUCUGCGGCCAGACCGCCUGCAGCUAAAUUCCACCUACCUGGGCACCCCACUCACCUCUCACCAAAACUGCCCGGAGAGAGGUGGCGUCCACUGUCCCAGGCGAGACUCCCCCAGAGAGUUCCGGGCCCAGACAGAGCCGCGGGCGAGUUCUCCUGGACCCUCCAGGCACCGGUCACGUGGCUGUCACGUCGUCUGUGCUUGGAGAGAGGAGCAGUGGGGGAGCCGUCCCAACCUCAUUUCGUAGCCAGGACCACCUUUGUGUUUCUGCUUCCUCAUUUGUAAAACGGGUGUUAAAAAAAAAGAAAAAAGAAAAACC